AUGCCUUUGCCACAAUCUUUUCACGAUAUGUUGGGGAACCCUGCAACAUUGGGGUUGUGUACAGUUGUUGGAAUGUUUUUGAGUCCUCUGUGGAUAGCAUUUUUCGUUGGUGUCAUCGUUGGAUGGUUGUGGAAACCGAAAUGGGCGAGGUUGGGGAAGGAAAAAUUAACUACUUCUCUUGCCAAAUCCUUAGAUUUUGCCUCACCCUCCUCGGCUUCUUCUCCUUCUAAGUCUGUAGCGUCUCCCAUGAAGACUUGUUCUUCGUCUCCUUGCCUUAAUUCCAUUAAGAUGCAACGACCAAACCCAGAAUCUCUGACCCUCAAGAAAGGAAUGGAUAAAAGAAUUUCUUCUGUUAGUUCACCAGAAACCGUUGAAGAAACAUCUGAUGCUGUGACAAUAAGGGAUUUACAUCAUCUAUGGCUGCUUGUGGAGGAGAAAGAUGGGGGUCUCCCUUGGAUUCAGAUGAUGGAUCGUUCUACCCCUACCAUGAGUUAUAAAGCAUGGCAUAGAGAACCAAAGGAUGGUCCUCCCCAAUAUAGAAGCAGCACUAUUUUUGAAGAUGCUACCCCUGAGAUGGUGAGGGACUUGUUUUGGGAUGAUGAGUUCAGACCUAGAUGGGACGACAUGCUUGCAAGCUCCUCAACUAUUGAAGAGUGUCCCACUACUGGUGCCAUGAAAGUGCAGUGGACACGGAAGUUUCCCUUUUUCUGUAAGGAUAGAGAAUACAUAAUUGGUCGGCGAAUAUGGGAAUCUGGACGACAUUACUAUUGUGUGACCAAGGGAGUAGAUUGUCCGUCAAUCCCUAAACGAGAUAAACCUAGGCGUGUUGAUGUGUACUACUCUAGUUGGUGCAUUAGAGCAGUGGAAUCGAAGAGAGGUACCGGCCAGUUAACUGCCUGUGAAGUCCUACUCUUCCAUCAUGAAGAAAUGGGCAUUCCAUGGGAAAUUGCAAAGCUUGGAGUAAGGAAAGGAAUGUGGGGAACUGUGCAGAAGAUUGAACCUGGUUUGAGAUCCUAUCAAGAAGCAAGAGCUUCUGGUGCUUCACUUUCUCAUUCAGCCUUUAUGGCCCAAGUCAACACCAAAAUAAGUCCUGAGUACUUGCAAUCCAUUGGAACCAAUGAUAAUUCAGAGGAGAUUGUAAGUGUUGCUUCUUCUGAGAAACCACAGGGCGUGAACAUACCCAAGAUGUUAGUCAUUGGUGGUGCUGUUGCUCUUGCUUGUAGUCUUGACAGGGGACUAGUGACCAAGUAUCUUUUAUUUGGUGUGGCUAGAAGAUUUGCUAAUAUAGGCAAAAGAUAG